AUGUACUCCACUUUCUCCGCCAACUUCGAUACGACCAUCGAUGCCUCUCGUGAGAGGUCAGCUACACCCAUAACAGCUCCACGCCCAAAGCGCAACCAGGUUGCUCGGGCCUGUGACUGGUGUCGGCUGAACCGCGUUAGGUGCGAUGACAAGCAGCCAUGUCAAAACUGCCUGAAUCGAGGGGGUUCUUGCAGCAACACAAAGCCACAGGAGGCCACCUCGCUGCCGGCUGCAAACCGAGAGAUGCAAAGGUUACGAAAUAAAGUAAAGGACCUUCAGGAACAGAUCGAGAAACUCAAAGAUAGAGCAGAAAUCCAAGCACAGACGGGUUUCGCCACACCUCCACUGUCUGAUGCCGCGCACAGCUCAUUUGACUUCGCGGAGCUCACCAAUACCAUGGAAGGAUGGCAAGGCGACCAGCAGACCGGGCAUAUUCACUACGGGCCCUUGUCAUCCUCAUAUUUUGUCGCCCGAAUCAGUCAGUACCUAUCCGAAACACUCAACGAGCCAUUGGAAAAUGCAAAGUUAGAGGCAUGCAUGGCACGAUUUCAGUAUACACCCCCGUCCCAUCAACCAUCUAGAUGGGACGCGAGCCCAGCCAGUCAGGGAGAUCACCAUGCGGAUGGAAGCGAGGAGGCCGAGGAUCUCACCCGAUCACAAGAGGAACACUUUCUCAAUCUGCUCUGGCAGUCCUUUCACUGCGUCUAUCCUGUCCUCUCCGAACGCGAGUUUCAGAAAUAUUAUGACUCGUUAUGGUCCAAUUCCACAGAUGGAAUGUCUGCCCGGAAGCCAUCCGCGUUGGUCGAUGUGCUGUUGGCGGUCUGUAUGCAGUACAGCAGCACGUUCUUCGUCAGUGGAGACAACCAGCAGGAAGAUUCGGAUGCUGGAUGGCAGGCCAAAAAUGCGGAUAUAGCCAGCCGAACUUACUACCAGAGGGCUCAGAGGCUUCUGCAGAGUGAGCUCGAGAAUCCAACCAUCAUGCUCGUACAAAGUCACAUCUAUUCUAUUGUCUACUUGUACAACACCUCCCUGUUGAAUACGGCGCAUAUUAACCUUGGUGCCACGCUGCGAAUCGCCCACGCGUUGCGGUUGCAUAUCCGCCCACUGGACGGGACCUCCCCCGAGCGGCAGGAGCUACAGCGUCGGAUUUGGUGGACGCUUUAUCGAAUUGACAGCCAGCUCUCAAUGACCCUGGGUCGGCCCCCACUCAUUCAGCUGGGCCAUGUCAGUUGCGGGCUACCCGGAGACAGUCGCGAGCACGCCCAGUUAUCUGGCACAGUCCUCUUCUCGAGUCAUGAGGACAUCAGCUGGCUCAGCUUCCAUGUCCAGUGCACGAAGCUCAUAUUCCUUGUCCAAGGCGUACAGAGUGCAUUGCACCGGAAAUGCUCCCAGGUGCUGAACGGGGACAAGGCUAAGGAUAUCUAUAAGGACAAGCACCUACUCGAGACAUUGGCCGAAUUUCUCGGACGAGAGAUGACAGCCAUUCAUAACUGGGUUCAAAAUGUGCCACAGUCCUUAUGUAACCCUCGUAAGGGGGGUGGAGAACCCUUUUCUACCAAUCGGGACGCGCUGAAUCUGUCUCCAUAUAGCCCACUUUGGCUGCAGCGCCAACGCCUCCUGCUAGAGCUCCACUAUCACCAUCUUGUUAUCUCAACACUGCGUCCCUUUAUCCGAUUCCCUCCCGUGAGCUCCCCAGUGACCCCGAAGACAGAUGGCUACAAUGUCACCUGUCUGAAUCACGCCAUGACGAUCACCAGCAUCUUAAAUCAAGUAUUGUCUGAGACUGAUCUCCUGCGCGGCUGGUCGCCAAUCUUCCAGUACCAAUGGGAUGCUAUCCUAUGUACGCUAGGAUUUGUACUCUCCAACCCCGUCUGCCCACCGACCCCUUCUGCCCGCAAGUCGUUGCAGACGGCGAUUGGCACGCUGGAUCUCGUGAGUGAUCACUUCCUGGCAGCCAAAAAUGCGGCGCAGGUCGUCCGCGAAGUCUGUUGCCGGGCCGACCGACACAUCAAAAACGUGCAAGAAGGUCUGACCCGGCGACAAGCGCCGCGUACCAGCCAGGCCUUGUCCACCAGGGCUCCGAGUUCUAGGCCGUCGCCUAACCAGUCCCCGUUCAUCUCGCCCAGGCAAACUGUGGGCCAGUCCAACUCUCUCAAGCGGGCGCUGCCAUCAACCGGCUUGGAGGUGUCACAACACCAGCCAAUGCCUAACUUUGAAGCGCGCAUGCACUUAAUGGACAUGAUGCCGAUCGGGUCAUUACCAGAACUAUCUCCUUCUUUGGUGACGACGGAGUCUAUGUCCGGUGUGAUGUCGGUUACGAGUGCUGAUAUGGUCACUGGCACUGAAGCCCAAUGGUUACAUGCGAAUGCGAUGAUACUGGAUUCCUGGACCACUAACUCAUGA